AUGCCGGGAGCACCGGCAACGGCGCCGGCGCAAUACGGGCUGCAGCGCCCGUCCCUACACAAAGCAGCUGAGCUUGAGGCAGAAAACAAGAAAAGACACAGCCCCGUAUCUGCUGCAGCUGCAGAGCGUCAAUCCCUUCGUGUCUCAAAUGAAAAAUCGCAGCAUGUCGGGCAAUCGAAGGACUUGAAACUACGACUGCGUAGCAGUAUGCUCGAGGAGCAACUGCUGCUGCAGCUGCAGAGACAGCAACAGCAGCGGAGGGAGAAGAAGCUGCAGAAGCAACAACGUUUAGCGAUGCAGAAGGACCAGGAGACACAGCAACUGCAUGCACUUCAGCAGCGCUUCGCCGCUGCUGCGCUCUCACCCCAGAAUAUAUGCUCUCCAGACGCUGUAGCGACAACGACUGCAGCAGUAACUGCAGCAGCAGCGGCAGCAGGGCUCCUAGCACGAAUAAGACUCUUAGGGAUUGGGAGAACACAAGAAGCAGCAGGGCAUGUAGCAAAAACCAAGAUCAUGACACAAAGGACACCAAUAAUUUACUCUUGCCAUCCACCCGAGCUAAUAGUUGCAGUAUUAGUAACAGCCUCAGCAGCAGGAGUCAGCUGCUGCUGCAACACUGGACGACCCGAGAAGCUCAGUGGUGCCUCAGACGCGACUCUUCUCAGGCUUCCGAUCACGGUGCGGCAGACCCAAGCAGCAUCAGCAGCAGCAAAAACGGAGGCAGCAGAGGCUCCAGAGACUCCGUUGGCGAGCACCUUAGAUCCUAGUACACUCGAUCGAAGUAGCAGUGCUAGCGAUGUUGCUCCUGCUCCUCUCGUUGCUUCUCCUGCUGCUAUGAGUGUAGGGGCUGCCCCUGAUCUCGACUCGCUCACGACUGGGUACCUCAGCUGCCGAAUGACAGCGUUGCAGGUAUCUGCAGGUCCAGACGCCUUGGCUGUUCUCAGGGACUCCUCUCACGAGGGCGAUUUUCCCGAAGCAGCUAGCGUAGCAGCUGCAACAGAAGGAGCUCCAGCAGGAGCACUGCUCCGCAUUCCAGAGAGAGGAUGGUUGCAGCAAAAGAGCCGGAGAGACAGCGGCUGCCAGAGGCCUGAGGCACAUGAACAGAUGACCAGCAGAUACUGCAGUAAACUUCGGCGGUCUGCAGGUGAUCCAGCACUAACAGGAUCUGCAGCAUGCACAAUACCACCAGGCGCUGCUGUAGCAAGGUCUGUCCAUCAGGCAGCAGAUGCUCCGCUUCUAUUAAACUACCCGAGCAGCUCCUCAUUUCGCACCCAUUGCAGCAACGUAGACCAAGAACUGAGAGUUGUGCAUGGGGUGCAUCAUCCUCGGAGCAUUCCGCUGGUAUCCCUCAUGAGGAAGAAGUACACAAAAUGGCAAACGCCACGGAAAGUAAGACAGGAGAGAGUGCAAGAAUUAAAGCAGCAGGAGCUGCCGUUGCUGCUAGGUCGCCGGCACCAGCAACAAUCAUCUGGCCGUACAAGCGCUGAAGGAUUAUUGGAAAAGAACAUGGAUGCUCGUUUAGGUUCUCAUUGGGGGCUCCGUAUCACUCCGGAUAACCCAGUAGACCUUGUGGGUGAAGUCAUUAGCGAACCUCACAACACUUUUGACUUAAGGGAGAUCCCGACCCUACUUAAGGUCCCUGACCUUCAACACACUCUGUGGCACACAGGAAGUGCCAUCCGGAGGCCCAGAAGCAGAGAAAGGAGGGCUUUCGGCAGGUACAGGAGUAGACGAGACAGCAGCAGCAGUAGCGCGACCCCUCUCGAGUCCAUGAGUGUUAUUCCCUUGAACCGAAUAACAGCAGAGCAGCAGCAGCAUCAGCCCGAAAAAGGGGUCCUCUCUGCGUCUAUCCCCAUUAGGGUACAUCGACCAGUGGAAUCGAUAAAGUCUACAGAUGAAUUUGACAGACGCAGAAGGAACGGAGGAUUGAGAGGAAGCGUGGGCUUGGUGCAGUGGAGGGGAGCAAACCUUGUGAGUUUUCAAGGAAUGGGUAGGGGUAUGGUUCUUAGGCAGUCACACGGGUCUUGCGCUUUAGGGAACAGGGGCCACAGCGGAGGGGGUCAUGGAAGGCUGAUGCAAGGUGUAAAAGGCCUUGAUGUAUCUACUGCAAGGGAGCGACAAGCGUUGUUGCAAUCAGACAUGCAGUGCAAUAUUGCUUUCUUGGCAUUCAGUAGCCGUAUAUCUAUCCACUUACGAGCAAACAUUGGCUCUUCACCUCCAAAUUUUUGCCGAUGUACUCAAGCAAUUUCUUGUACAGAAGCAAAUAUGCUUGCAUGUAUACGGUUUUACCCUUAA